AUGCCGAAGCAGACAGCCCCACAAAUGAGCUCAGCCGAGGUCAGCAUAGACAAGCCAUUCGUCUGCAAAGGACUUGUUAAGGCCGACAAUAGUCGCACAAAGAUUCCCGACGCCAAGUUCGCAACUCAAGAAAUGAAGACCUACACUUUUGAUUUGACCAGGGUCGAAGCUAUCUUUGACCUACUGGUAACCGAGAAAAAGGUCAAAUUGUCCUUCGGCCAAAAAAUUUCGAAACCCGAAGAGCUCAAAGGAAAGACAUUCUGCAAAUACCACAGUUCUUGGUCUCACAACACCAACAACUACGUUGUUCUACGAGACGUCAUCCAGAAGUUAAUAGACGAAAAGAAGCUCCAAUUCUCGGAAAAGGAGGCCAUGCAAGUCGACUCUAAGCCAUUCUCUCCGCCUGUCAUCAACAUGGUCAAUGCUCAGCUCCGGGCCGAAUAUAGGGAAGUUCGUCGGCCUAGAGAAGGAAAAAAGCCGUUGGCCGAACCAGAGCCGGUACCCUGCAGUCGGUGCAAGUAUGAGAUCGGUCAGCUCAGACCGCCAGAAACAAAAGAAAAGCCAUCGAGCCAUCUCGACCGACUACGAGGAAAUUCGGCAGCCAGUACUACCGUCGGCCAGCAAGAAGAGUUAUUUUCGACCGACUAG